GCCUUUGGCUUCGAAUAGAAUAAUGAAACAUGCCAUCCGAAAAACAAAAUUCUCUCCACGAUUUCCCCCACCAAAUUAGCUUCGCCUUCCCUAAAUCCUCGCUCCGUCGCAUCACCCUCCACCGUCCAUAUUCCCCGGCGCUCUGCGAGCGGUUGCCUCUACCCAUCGCUCUAAUUAAAACAUCCACGUUAAAUGCACUUGCUGUCGGAGACGGUCCCCCAAAAACUAAUACGGCAGCUGCCACCACCAAAACGACAGACGGCAGGAAUGCGAAGCUGAUCAUCAGGAAGAAGUAAAAGGACGUGACAAGAACCAUAACUUCAUAUGGUUCCUGUCAUCUAAGAGAUUAUUGUCCGGUGGAAUUGGUCAAGGGCGGCGGCGUUGGAGGGGAUCGUUGGUCGUCAUUCGGUGAAAUAUUCAAGCGAUGGAAGAUGAUGAUCAGAGAGACGGGGUGUUGUUGUCAUCGUAUCCUUCUAAUUCUACGACGGCGUCUACCACCGCCACCACGACGGCGACGAGUACCACGAUGCCGUCGCCGGACUGCGGCAGAGGAGGGAAGCCCAAGAAAGGAUUGAAACGGUUCCCUCGUGUAUUGAAAGCCAUUCUCUUCGAGACAUCGCUGGCGAAGAAAAUCCGGAAGAGAAAAAACGCACAGAAAGGAGGAGGUGGCAACAUCUACGUCACGACACCUGGCAACGCGGACCCCACCAACCCACUCAGCGAACAAGACCCACCACUCCAAAACGGCGUCGUGGAACUCCCUCCAGGACUCCUCCUCAAUUCGUCAACCCCGUCGCUGACCGCCGCCGUCAGCAGCGUCUCCUCCUCCUCCUCCGCCGCCCUCUCCAACUCCACCUUCGCCACCAGCAGCAGCAACAACUCCUCCACCAACUCCCGCUCCUCCACCGCCAACACCACCCUGCAGCCGCUCGACGGGGAGAUCAUCCUCCUGCAGGAUCAUCAGCCGAGCGACGGGAAGGGCGGCAGUCCUACCGCGGCGGCGGCGGCGGCGGGGAAGGGGAGGUACAGCUCCAACGUGGGGCUGUGCUUGGUUCUGGUGAGCCUGGUGGUGCUGGUUUUCUGGGGGAAGAUCUGCGCGAUUAUUUUCACGUCCACGUGGCUGUUCUUCGUGCCGCAUUGCAUCCCGGGGACCGUGUCGAGGAUCGGGGCGUUGUACUGUAGGAAGAUCGAGCCGGAGGAGUACAGGAAGAGUAAGGUGGUGGUUGUGGAAGGAUUCGUUGAACGGAAUCGGAACCGUUGCCGGCGGUGGGUCGGCGGGCUCAAAGGAAGGCGAGGAUCGAAUGACGAGUGAGAUAUAUAACUCGCGGACGUGCUUUAUAUGUUGGAGGGAUUUUGAAAUGUUGUAAUUAAUUAACCUUGUGUUUUCAUCAAGUUAGGCGAUGAAACUGUGUAAAUUUAUAAAACAUAGUGACACGUUUUAUUACACUAUCAAAUGUAAAAGAAAUUAAUUAAUUAAUUAAGGAUUUAUGCU